CUUGGAUGUAAGUCUCUCUCUGCUUCUCUGAAGCUCUCCACAUCUGGCCAAACACUCUGAUAUUCACUCCGCCACCCUCACACAAGCAUUUCAAUAACACCUUAACUGCAUUCUUCAUUCUUCAUAAACUAUGAUCUCCAAGACGGUGCUUCAUACGUUUCCGCCCGAGAGGCACAGCGGCAAACUCGUCCGGCGUCGAGGAGGUCUCAUCUCUGUCCCAGUGAAGCUUUGGCCGGCGCCGGAGACCUACCGAAGGAUGACGAAGUUGCUUCUGAAUGUGACGAUCGAGAGGAGCUUGGGGCCUGUGCAGGUGGUGAUGUCGCCGGAAAACACAGUGCGGGAUUUGAUCAAGGCAGCUGUAGAGAUUUACGUGAGGGAGAAGAGAAGGCCGUUGGUAAAGGAGACUGAUCCGCACCGUUUUGAGCUCCACUACUCGCAAUUCAGCUUGGAGAGUUUGAAAGCAGAUGAGAAGUUGAUAAAGUUGGGGUCUAGGAAUUUCUUUUUGUGCUGCUCAAAGUCAAAGCCCCCCGUCGGUCUGUGUAAUUGCUCUGAGGAAGCAAAGAGGGCAAUCAGUUAUCAGUUUUCAUGGAUAAAGCUCAUGGAUUUCUUGCUGUAAAUAUUUCAUCAAAAAAAUAUGCUUGUUUGUAAUAACAAGUUUUCUCUUUUGUUAAAUGAGUGUGAGAUAGGCCAGUGCGAAAAUCACUUCUCUUGCAAUUAUUACUUUUUCCAGGAGCUGUUGUUGUACUUUGGCUUCUUUUGGGUUGAA